UUAUACUAUAACUUUUUACUGAAGCCAGAAGCACGAGCCAUCGGGGCUUGCACCUUAUUUUUUCAUGCGGAGCUCUGGAAAUCAUGCUCGCAAAGUGCGAAAACAUUCGGGUUGCUGUGAAAUCUUUUAUUACCGGUCUCUGGAUCACUUUUAGCGUCUGUACCGUAGGUGUUCACGGCCAGGAGGGUAAUGGCUGUGGACAUACAGUGCUGGGCACAGAGUCUGGAACUCUGGCCUCUCAGAACUAUCCAGGCACCUACCCGAGUAACACCUGGUGUAAGUGGAGGCUUCGUGUGCCAGAGGGGCGUACGCUGCGACUGCUGUUUGGGGAUUUUGACAUUGAGGGCAGUCCGGGCUGCAGCAAUGGCUCUCUUGUCAUCACAAACAAGAACAGAGAACUUAGUCUGGGUCCAGUGUGUGGGAAACUUGAUGUAUUACAGAAGAAUGUAACACUUAAAAGCAAUGAAGUGACAAUAACCUUCAAGUCAGGCCCACACCGCUCUGGACGAGGGUUUCUACUGUCCUAUGCUACAGACCAGUAUCCAGAUCUCAUUUCUUGUUUACAACGAGGAUCUCAUUUUAGCUCGCUGCAUUUGAGUGUGUACUGCCCUGCUGGAUGUAAGAAUGUCACAGGGGAUGUUUGGGGAAACUCUGAACAGGGUUACAGAGAUACCUCAGUCCUGUGCAAGUCUGCAGUCCAUGCUGGAGCUGCAUCUGACAGUCUGGGAGGUCAUGUCACUCUGAAUCGUGGGAGAAGUCUUACACUCUAUGAAUCCACCUUUGCCAAUGGAAUCCUCUCAGAAAUGGGAUCGUUAUCUGAGAAGAAGCUGCUCUUCAGCAAAGAAUGCAACAACAUCCUGAGUGUUUCUGCUGUAAAUGCCUCAUCUUUCUGGGAUAAAAACAGUCAAGAGCACACAGUGUUCUGGUCCUCCAGAAACAUGGACUCUAGCCAUGAGUUCCUACCCUGGGCAGCAGACGGUAAUGAUCCGAAUCCAUGGGUGGAGCUGGAGCUGAGUGAUAGAAGCAAUAUCACGGGAAUAAUAACAACAGGAUCAAAUGAGUACUACAUAGAAUCCUACAUUCUUCUUUUCAGCAAGGACAAAAAGAUAUGGAAGCCAUACAAACGUGCUCUGAGCAAAGAAAAACAGGUGUUUCAGGCCUAUACUGAUGGCCACCUCAGGGUCCUCAACAGCCUUUUUCCUCCUGUAGUGGCUCGGUUUGUCCAGUUACAGCCACUGAACUGGCAUGGCCGAGCCUCAGCUCAGGUCCAAGUCCUGGGCUGUCCUGUUGCCAAGGUCACACCAAGGUCACGCACAGUCACUAAAUCUCCAUCCAUCAAAGUAAACAUGGGUACUCCCCACCCCAGCCCCACUCCUACCCCCACAGAGGGCCCAGUGUUAGUGGAGACAAGACUGAGUUCUAGUCAGCCAGUAAUAGUGGCAGUGGGAGUGGUCCUGGCGCUAUUAAUGUGCGCCAGUUGUUUGUUGGCAGGAGUCUGGUGGAAGCGAAGGAAAAAAGAUUCACAAAUGAAGUACUCCUUACCCAAAAUAGGUUGUCAGAGUUUCCAGGCAAAGAGUCUCCCCUGUCCACAGUCAGAGCUUAUCUCCUACCCUCUGGAGCGAAAUGUCCGUGAUGCUCUACCUAGCCCUCCUCUUAAUGACUAUGCCGAACCUGCUGUUGCAGCUAUUGGACAGAAGGUUGGGUCAACAUUUAGACCCUCCUCAGAUGAGGGCUACACCACCCCCUUCACCUUCAGCCAUUAUGACACUCCUGGCAACCUGCCAGAGUACGCCGAGCCUCUUCCGCCAGAGCCUGAGUAUGCCACCCCAUUCAGUGAGCAGCCUUCUGAGUCACAUGGACUUCCUAUACCAGCACCUACCGCUGGUACCAGGACAACAUCCAGCUGCGCUCAGUAUGACUGCCCCUCACACAGGAUGCUAUCCAAUGGCUACUGCACUCCUGCUCUACAUGCCAAUGGCCCACGACCAGUCAGUGUGGUCUAUGCUGAGCCCAAGUCAUGUGACUCUUUACUACAGAAGCACACAUAUGAGGAGCCUUUGUGAACACAGCAAGCUCAGACAUGGAGAAAAAAAAACUCUCAUGAGCUAAAAGGUGUAUUGGGACCAGGGGUCCACUUGGGGUGAUCUCAAGUGGACACUAAGCCAGACAGUGUUGUCCAGAGUGUACUAAUGCUGACAGAGCUGAACUUCCAGUUGAGAAGUCACUUUGGACCACUAUGCAUAUGAGUGUACACCACGCAGAGCACACAACAAUCUGAGAGCCAUAUGGACACAAAUAUUUCCUCCCAGGAAGUAUGUAGUUGUACAGUGGAAAUAUCCUGUGAUGCACAAAGAAAAUGCAGGUUCAGUCGCGUCUCAGAGAUACUGUUUUUAUUGAUGAAAUGUUUAAUCACAAGCUGCACUUUCAAAAAACACAUACAGUAAUGUAUGCUUCAGUCUAUUUAUGCUUCAGUCUAUUUAACAGGUUAAUGCAAAAAAAAAGUGGAUUGAAUAUGUUACUUGUCCUCACAAAACAUUGUAUACACAAUGUCAAUGUAUUUCAACAUGUUUUGUAAAAAAAAAAAAACUUAAGAAGCACUAUAAAUGGUACACUGUAAUAAAGUGGUUAAAAUCGUU